CCCAAAUCACAAACAAUGAUAAGUUGGCAUGAUCUUUACGUCGUCUUGACAGCCGUUGUUCCUCUAUAUGUCGCCAUGAUCUUAGCCUACGGCUCGGUCCGGUGGUGGAAAAUCUUCUCACCGGACCAAUGCUCAGGGAUCAACAGAUUUGUAGCCAUUUUCGCGGUCCCAUUAUUGUCAUUUCACUUCAUUUCUAUGAACAAUCCAUAUGAAAUGAAUUUUCGAUUCAUUGCAGCUGACACACUACAAAAAGUAAUCAUGUUAAUAGUGUUAUGCAUUUGGUCUAACGUGACAAAAAAUGGAAGUCUUGAAUGGAGUAUAACAAUUUUUUCUCUUUCGACACUUCCAAAUACACUUGUUAUGGGAAUUCCAUUAUUGAUAGCUAUGUAUGGUGAGUAUUCAGGUAGUUUAAUGGUACAAGUUGUGGUGUUACAAUGUAUAAUAUGGUAUACAUUAUUGUUAUUUUUAUUCGAAUUUCGCGGUGCUAAGAUGUUGAUCAUGGAACAAUUCCCAGAAACAGCAGGGGAAAUUGUUUCAUUUAAGGUUGAAUCUGAUGUUGUUUCGUUAGAUGGACAAGAUUUUCUUGAAACUGAUGCUGAAUUGGGACAAGAUGGGAAACUUCAUGUCACGGUACGUAAGUCGAAUGUGUCUAGAAGGUCAUUUGCUAUGACACCUAGACCGUCAAAUCUUACUGGGGCUGAAAUUUAUAGCUUGAAUUCGUAGAAUCCGACCCCACGAGGGUCGAAUUUCAAUCAUACUGAUUUCUACGCGAUGAUGGGGUUUCCAGGAAGGUUAUCGAAUUUUGGUCCGGUUGAUUCAACUCCUAGACAAUCUAAUUUCGAGGAAAAUUGUACUCAGGGAGCUCUAACGAGCUCCCCUAAAUUUGGGUUUUACCCUGCACAGUCUAAUUAUCCAGCCCCAAAUCCGGAAAUUGCUUCUAUAGUUCCUAAAAACACGAAAAAUCAACAACAAUUACAAGUACAUUCGCAGCACCAGCACCAGCCGCAACAACAACAGAAUGGUAAAGCUAGUCAUGAUGCUAAGGAGCUCCACAUGUUUGUGUGGAGCUCUAGUGCUUCACCAGUGUCGGAGGCCGCAGGCCUCCAUGUGUUCGGUGGCACGGAUUUUAGUGCCAACGAACAAUCUUGUCAGUCUGAUGGUGCUAAAGAAAUUAGAAUGUUGGUAUCUGAUCACCCUCAAAUUGGGGAUAAUAAAGUCAUUUCCCAAGAUUUUGGUGGCGAGGAAUUCAGCUUUGAUGGUGCUGGUGGUGGUGAUGGAAAGAAUAAAGAGGAAAAGAAAGAAGAAAAAGAGGGUCUCACCGGACUACACACCGGGGCUACCGGAGUCCAAGAUUCCGGUACCGGAAAACAAAUGCCUCCGGCAAGUGUUAUGACUCGUUUGAUUUUAAUCAUGGUUUGGCGUAAGCUUAUCCGAAACCCGAACACGUAUUCGAGUCUCAUUGGUUUGAUUUGGUCCCUAAUCUCGUAUAGGUGGCAUGUGCAUAUGCCUAAAAUAAUAGAGAAAUCAAUCUCUAUUCUCUCUGACGCUGGACUUGGAAUGGCUAUGUUUAGCUUAGGUUUGUUUAUGGCCCUUCAACCGAAGAUAAUAGCAUGUGGGAACACGGUGGCUACUUUUGCAAUGGCAGUAAGAUUUCUUACUGGCCCAGCAGUUAUGGCUGCCGCUUCUAUUAUCGUUGGCUUACGUGGUACACUCCUCCAUGUCGCGAUUGUCCAGGCUGCAUUGCCACAAGGGAUUGUUCCAUUUGUUUUUGCUAAGGAGUACAAUGUUCAUCCAGCUAUUCUUAGUACUGCGGUUAUUUUUGGAAUGUUGAUUGCAUUACCAAUCACAUUAGUCUACUAUAUUAUUCUUGGAUUAUAAGUCAACAUCAAGCUAGCGUGUCAGUUUCUUGAUUGAUCGAGUCAAGACAUAGUGAACUAUACGCGAUGAACAUGAUCAAGCUAGCACCGAUCUCCUAAUUCAUUGAGUUCAUAUACAUAAUCAACUACGCGAUGAAUCGGAUAUUUCGAAACAAGAGGGAUUUUGAGUAGAAGAGUUCAUGUCAAUAUGGAAUUAGAUAGAAAUUAUCUUAUCUAUGGACUAUGAAGAGUACUCCCAAGCAUUUGGAGCUUAGACAACAUGUUUGACUUAAAUUAGUUUGAGAUCCUUGAUUUAAGGAUAUUUUGUCUCUAUUUUGAAGAAAUUAAGAAAACAUUUCAUCCAAUUAGUCAAAAUUGGAGGAAAAACAAAUUGGGAUUAGUCUAGUAUGAAGGGGACAAGGAGGCAAAAUUGAUGAUAAUAGUCUAGUUU